CGAGUCUACAGAUCUUGGCGCCAUGGCGGCUGCCCGCUAACUCUAGCUCUUCACCCUUGAAUCGUCUGCACCAAAGCCAUCUCCCUCCCAAGCUGCUCAUAUAUAUAGAGAGAGCGAGAGAGAAGAAAACAAUGUUCUUCAAAUCCCCACCUCGCCUUGGGCCCCUUGCCAUGCUCUCCUAUCGCCUUCCAUCAUGUCGGGUUCAAAGAUCCUCCCUUUCUUCCACUUCCGCUCCUCCCGUGCACUUCUCUCCCUCCCACACAGAAUCUCUUAUCCGCCGCCACCUCGCUGCCGGCGAUUUCUCCUCCGCAAUCUCCCUUCUUCUCCGCUCCGCCCGCUCCUCCCAACCUCUUCCCGCCUCCACGCUGAACGCCGUGCUCGCUUCCCUCUCCAGAAGCCACCAAUUCGAUAUCGCCAUCACCCUCUUCCACUCUCUUCGCACACUUGCCGUCUCUAUCGAUCUCGUUUCCUACAAUAUCCUGCUUAACUGCCAUUUCCAAACGGGCUGCUUUUCGCUAGCUCUCAAUCUGUUCGAUGAAAUGCGCCACUCAGGGCUUGCACCUGAUGUUUGCACCUUCAACACAUUGAUCAAAGGAUUCUGCAGAGAGAACCACAUUUCCGACGCAUUUAAACUCCUCGAUGAUAUGCGCGUAGAGGGACAAAUGCCUAAUCGAUACACAUACUCCAUGUUGAUUGGAGUCGUGUCACGCAGCGGAUGCUCAAAUUCAGCAAUGGGGCUCAGUUUAAUUCGAGAAAUGAUUCAGCUUGCUUUGGAGCCCAGCGAUGUGAACUACAGUUGUGUUCUUGCUGCAAUUUGUAAGGAUGCGAAGGUGAAGGAGGCGAAGGCGAUUUAUGGUAGGAUGAGCAAAGUGGGAAUUGGACCAGAUAUCUGGGCAUUUAACUGUUUUGUCAACUUGCUGGGUCGGAAGAAGAUGGUAACUGAGGCAAAAUUGCUUUUUGUUGACAUGUUUAGUCAAGGAGUUAUUCCUAAUGUUGACACUCAUAAUGUUCUGAUUCAUGGGAUUUGCAUGGCAGGCCAUGUAGAUGAGGCUUUGAGAAUGCUCAAAGACAUGCUUACUCAAGGACCGAGACCCAGCACAGUCACUUACACUAUAGUAAUGCGUGCUCUGAGCGGACAGCGAAGGUUAGAUGAAGCGUUAAUGCUUCUUAAUGAUUUGUCUCAGCAGGGAUUGAGCAUUGAUAAGUCCAUGUAUGGGACUUUGCUCUAUGGUUUAUGUAAAGGGUGGAGGGUGGAGGAUGCUAGUAAGCUAUUUCAACAGAUGGAUUCAAGUGGAUUUAACGAUAUUGUUUCUUAUAAUUGUUUGAUUCGUGGGCAUUGCAAAAUGGGGAAUUUGGAGGCUGCCAAGAAGCUAUUUGUAGAGGCUGAGGCCAAAGAUCUGAAGCCUGAUGUAGUCAUGUAUACUACCUUGAUCAAUGGAUUCUUCAAAAUUGGAGACAUGAAAGCUGCACAGGAACUCGUAAUAGAUGUGGGGAAGAAGGGUCUUAAACCAGAUUUGAUCAUGUUUUCCACCUUGAUGGAGGGGCUUUGUGAAAUGGAAAGUUUUGAGGCUGCUAAUGAGGUACUGGAUGAAUUGGUAAAGCAAGGCCUUGAGCCAAACUCAGCUAUUUAUACAAUGUUGAUAUGUUCAUUGUGCAUGGCUGGGAGUAUCAACAAAGCUAUUCAUUUUCUAGAAGAGAUGAGUCUUAAAGGACUAAAACUCGAUUUUAGAUCCAUUAGAAUGGUUUUUAGAUGGGAUGAUGCACGAUACAAGUUCAUGGAGUCAUGUCGAGAGCCUGCUGCAGCCUUUGGAUGAAGUAAACGUCAAGAUAAGAUUUUGAUCAUUUGUAUGAUAUUCAUAAAAGUUUUAGUUUCGUGGAUGGGAUUUCCAGGAGAAGUUGGUCAUGGCAUUGCUACCGGAUUCCAUUAACUAUUCCUACUGGGUUUUAGAGUUGUGACUACUCUCCCAGUGUUUGCUUGUGAAAGUAACUAGUUGGAUCGCGUGUCUUAUGUCACUUGGCCACCCUGGAAAUGAAGUAUAUGGUUGGUGGUGAGAGAAAUUAUUGUGUGCAGAUAUGGACGGGAGAACCGUUCGGUACUGCGCAGCAUUGUGCUCAGUACCGAGGGCGGUAUACUUUUUGGGGUGAUGUGAUGUAUUUUUAUUGGUUUUUGGACGACGUUCAGACUCAGCACAGAAUAAUUUGUCUGAUAAAGGAUCUGGCUUUGUUGUCGGAGAAUGUUGAGUUUUGUCCCAGAACAUCAAGCAACUAAUAUAGAAAUGCAUGUUUCAAACUAUGUUGUAUAUAUUUUUUUAUCAACAGUUUGGCAUUGGUUACAAGAAACAAAUGUGCCACGCUUCCAAAUUUCUAUGAAGAUAUUUUAUUUGUUCGCAUUACAAGUUC